UCUAGUCUUAAUUUCUUAUGUGUACAUAACGGGUUGUGUUAUGAUUCACUGAUUAAGUAGUUUGAAUUAAAUCAUAAGUAGAAAUUCUUCGUAAAAGUUAUAUAAUUAUAAAAUUUAACAAAAAUGACAUCAAAAGAUAACAUCGAAAUUAUCGAAAAAAUCAAUUCCAAAAGUGAGCAGGUUAGUAGCGAUAAAAGAAAAAGCUAUAUAGAUUGGGACGAUUAUUUUAUGGCUCUGGCCUUUUUAAGUGCGAAACGUAGCAAAGAUCCUCAUACUCAAGUUGGUGCUUGUAUAGUAAACGAAGAUAAGCAAAUUGUAGGUAUUGGAUAUAAUGGAAUGCCCAAUGGUUGUAGCGAUGAUGUUUUUCCUUGGACCAAAGAGUCUGUUGAUCCAUUGGAAACAAAGACUUUAUACGUAUGUCAUGCAGAAAUUAAUGCUAUUUUAAAUAAGGGUUGUAAAAACGCUAAAAAUUGUACCAUAUAUGUUUCCCUAUUUCCAUGUAAUGAAUGUGCUAAGGUAAUAAUACAGUCUGGAAUAAGAACAGUUAAAUAUGUGUCAGAUAAAUAUGCAAAGAAGAAGAAAAUUCAAGCUGCGAAAAGAAUGUUUGAUGCCGCAGGUGUUACAUAUAGCAAAUAUUUUCCUAAGCACGAAAAGUUAAUUAUUGAUUUUGGUGAGAUCGACUCUUCUGAGAAUAAGGAAAUAAAUAUUGAAAAUGGAAGUAGUUGAACCAAAAUAAUGUCUAUUUGUAAUUUUAACAUUAUCCAUAUAAUAUUAUGGAAAAUAAAUAAAACAAUGUACAGAAAGUGAAAGAAUUUAGCAAUAAUACAAAGAUACUAUGCUUUCAUCAAGAUGUAAUAUUAUCUGCAACAGUAUUGCAAACGAUGCACUGUACAAGUGUAAAUAGUAGUACGAUCAAAUAUGGCAUGGUAGAAACAUGUAACAAGUGUGUAUCAUUUCCAUGAUAAAAUAAUAUUUCAAUAUCAUUUUUUACAAAACGACUGAAGGAGAGGCGAUUGUUGAUACGUGAUAUAAUAUUUUCAUGUUGACUUGUUAUUAAUGUAACAACAAACAGGAAUUGAACACAGAGUUUUGAUGCAUACGAUAAUGAUACGUUUAUAUACAUACUAUACAUAUCCAUGUUCUUGUCUUUAAAAUAUUACUUCACGUUUGUGAAUACCGCUAUAAUGGAGAAAAGUUACAUAAAGUAAGUAAUUACAUGUGAUGAUUGAAUUCAUCAUAUAGAAAAAUAUUUAAUAUUGUAAAAAUGUAUGGGUAUUUUAUAUAUAAACGCAGAUAUUAACAUUUGUAAAAAGCGUACUUGUUUGUAUAAAUGUUAUCCUUUAAUAUCAUAAAAUUUGGGCAAUUUUUGAACAAAUCACAAACUAUUCAAUCUGUAAAUAGCGAUUGCAGAAAAUAUAAUAACAGCUUAUUGCAAAUGGCAGCAUAUUACUAAUACAAUGAUUAAAGUAAUGACCACAUUUAAGUGAUCAUUGAUUUCAUUUUCCAAUUUUUAUUCCUUUCUUUUUUAUGUCCUUUUUCCUUUUAAGUCUUUUUAAUUCGAAUAACAAAUCACCUUAGAACUUAAUCGUAUACGUUGAAAAAUUUUGCAUGAAACCUAUAUGAUGAAUUCAUUUACAUGAGGAGAUGGAAGAGGAUAUGGGUUGAGGUACCCAUGCUUAUCGUUUGCUCGUACGAUUAAAUCAAGGACUCAAAGGCAAAUCUAAACUGAAUUUUCUAAAAAUUAAUGUACCAUCCUUAAUCAACAUUGUUUAUUUCUUAAAGAUUUAAUAAUUACUUAUGAGCGGAGUAGAAAUUUUUAUACUGAGGUAACAACCUCCGAUAAAGAUUGGAGCAACUAAUAUAUAUAUAAAUAUAUAUAUAUUUUUUUUUUCGAAAUGUGAUAAUUAUGCAGGAGUUUAAGCGUACUGUAAAUAAUGUAUUAUAAAAAAAAUAGUAUUAAAAGAUAGCAACACUUCGGUAGAUGCAUGGUCGAAAAGUUGAGUAUGACACGAAUGAUGUAUGAUAGUAUGCAUUAAUUUUUCUAAUGAUAGUCUUUUACAAGAAGAAACAUUUCGUAUAUCGAUAGACUAGCAUGGUGGUCAUAUCAUAUUUCCUUUGCAUUGUACAAUAAUUAAAUGACUAAUGGUAAAGUGAAUGAGUAAAACUUCUACAUUAUCGCUUAUGUUACGACAUUAUUUAUGUAGCCCUGAGAAACAUUCCAUGCAUUUACAGAAGGUAUCAGUUUAAUCAAUACAAUUAUGUUCAUUGUAUUUUGAUAGAAGAUUAUUCCAUCGAUUAAUUUUGGAUGUACGUAUUGAGUUUUUGUCCGUUGUAUGUUACGAAUGAAUUAAAAUGUUAAAUAUACAUUACUAUGACUUGAUGCAAAUAUCUUAUUUUUAUGAUUACCAUUAAGUCGACUUUGAGUGAGCUUUCAACAUUGGCAUAAUAUUAACUAAUCGCAAAAUUAUACUCUAUGACUUAAAUAAGAUAGGAAAUGUGUGUGUGUGUGUGUGUGUGUGUAUAUGUAUUUAUACAUAUAUAUCAUUAAAGUAGUAGGUGAAGUAUAUACAAACAUUAUCGCUAGUUUUUAGUAUCUGUAUCUUAGUGAAUUCUUUUACUUUUUUUUUCAUUAAAGGAAACUCACGACUUAUAAGUAUGUACUGGUAUUUCAAAAAAUAAACGAGGCAAUCAUAACAUCGUU